AUGAACAUCACAGACAAGAAGAGGAAGCGAGCAUUGUUGCUCCAUUAUGCCGGCGAAGCCACGAACGAAAUUUUUGACACGUUACCUGAUACCACACCGGGCGAAGGUGAAGACACGUUCGAGAAAGCCUUACAAGCCCUGACAAACUUCACUCCCAGACAGAACCGUCAGUACGAGAUUUAUAUUUUCCGUCAGGCUAAGCAAAAGUCAAACGAGAGCAUUUAA